AUGCCUGCUUUCGAGCGCAAUCCGACGAAUCUGGAACAUCAUGGCGUGACUCUUCCUGAUGGAAGAAGCAGCUCAUACAGGCAGGCUAAGGAAAACAUCGCCGCCUCGUGCUUGUUCCAGCAGGUCGCUGGGGAUAACCGCGCGCAGGUUUCGACUGUGCUGGGCACAACACUCGACCUCAUCUCCCGCGAGAAGUGCUCUGGCUUGUCGCCCGAGGAGGACGCAAAGGAGAUGUUGGAGGACUAUCCAGGUGUGUUUCUUCAUCCUCGAUCCAUCUCCAUUGGCUCAAUUGCCGCCUAUCGUCCCCCGCACACGCUCCAGAUCGUGCCGCGCAUGCUAUACGAAGUCACCCAUCGCGAUCUUGGUAUGUGUCUUUUCCUUCCUCGAUUCUCGUGCUAUUUCCUUUCUCAACCCGAACCCCCGACACUCUUUGGUGUCACCUCCUCCACGCCUCUCCUCGUCGCCCCAAUAGGAUACUAA